AGCUACUAGCGGGAGACCACGAGUAAACGCAUACAAAUAGCCCAGCCCAUCAAUUAGCAGUGUCGCGCAUGCGCAGUUCGUCGAGGAUUUGGACUUUAGUGAUUUUCAUUAUUAGGAGAAUGUUGAGCUAGAGGGACAGCUGAGGAGAAAGGAAGCAGAGUUAGCUGAGGCCCAGGGCCAACUGAGACAGAAGGAGGAACAGCUAACAAGAACUCAGCAACAACUAGAAUCCAGUGAGAGAGAGAAACAGACAGUUAGACGACAAAUGCAAUCCAGGAACCAGGAGCUCCAGCAACAACUAGAAUCCAGUGAGAGAGAGAAACAGACAGUCGGCACACAGCUGAUCAGCUCACAGAGAUGGAUUCAAGAACUGAGACAGAGAGAGACUGAGUUAGUGCAGGCCAAGGACAGGGAGCUAAGAGGGAAGCAGACAGUGAGAGAUGAGCUAACAAGGAAGGAGAGAGAGUUAGCUGAGACUCUGCAGCAACUGAGACAG